CUGGAGGCAAGUCAACAGCAACAGGGAAAAGAUAACAAGCAGAGCAUUGUUGGUCUGCUUUAAUCCGUAUUCUCUCUCUUUGACUCUCCCAUUUAUCUGUACGUUUCCUUCGCAGGCUGUGAGCAUCCUGCUGAUCCCUCAUAACAUCCCUUCCAGCCUCAACCUCCUCACCAGCAUGAUUGAUGAUAUAUGGCACUACGCUGGAGACCAGUCCACAGAUUUUAACUGGUACACUCGUCGGGCUGUGCUCACUGGCAUCUACAACACCACCGAACUGGUCAUGAUGCAGGAUUCAUCCCCUGACUUCGAGGAGACUUGGCGCUUCCUAGAGAACAGAGUAGCUGAUGCCAUGAACAUGGGCAAUACGGCUAACCAGGUACAGGCAACCGGAGAAGCAGUUGUCCAGGGCCUGAUGGGAGCUGCAGUCACUGACUGCAUCAGGUGGUACCUGCAGUUGAGUGUUGUGGUGCGCAGCGCAUCUGCCCAGGGAAAGGCUGGGAUUUGCUUCGGCGCCCUGUGCCAAGACGAGCAGGAAUCUGCUCGUGAGAAUCAAGACGUGUUGGUGGGAGAGGGCGUUGGCAAAGCGAUGACGGAGAGAUCACCAACCUGGAGCACCUCGGCUCUGCCUUUACGGCCACCUACUCCCCUCGUCGUCCUGCGGAACGACGUGACGGUGAUAACGCUCUCCUCUAUUUUGAGGGAGCUGCAGGGUAUUUUUCUGCACCCAACGGAGACGUCCGGCGGCAGCGUUAAGCGGAGGUUGGAGCUGUCCUGUGGUCUCCUUCUCACCGGUGUGAUCCCGGAGUAG